AUGACUAGCGACUCCAAGGGCCUCAAAGGGGCCCAGGGGGGCCCCCAACGAUGGGGGGGCCCCUCCCGGGGGCCCCUAGAGGCCCUUGCUGCUUCAGCAGAUGUACGUAAAGCGCUGCUGCUGUUGAAUUCUGUUGAUCUUGUUGCAGCAGAUGCUGGCAGCUGGGGCCCCGUGUCUGCUCAGUGGAGAGCGAUGCAGCAGCAGGAAUCUCUUAGGGAGGGGGGCCCCCAAAGGGGCCCUAAGGGGGCCCCCUUAAAGGGGGCCCCCCACCCCUAUCUGUGUGCAUUAGAAGACUUUAAAGAAAUGGAGAAGAGGCAGAGGAAGCAGCAGCUACGGCGCUCUCAGUACCCCCCUCAGCAGCAGCAGAAACAACAACAGCAGCAGCUGCAGCAGCAGCAGCAGCAGCAGCAGGAGGGUGUGUUUCCUGGAGUUUUAAGUGCUGUUGUUUUUGUUUCUGUUUUUCUUGAUGAGGCUCUACCCCUUCUUUGUUCUUUUAUUUAUUUUACCCCUUCUCUUCGCCGUCUUAUUAUCUGCUCAAUGCUAUCUGAGGAGCAGCACAUGCUGCACUCCCGCUGCAUGCAGCAGCAACACUUCUCAACAAACCGCUUCAUUCAAACCCUCUGCAAACACAAACAACAACUCCUUACAUCCACAAUCAUGGGGGGCCCCCAAGGGAGCCCCUCAAGGGACCCCUCAGGGGGCCCCCCUCUAGGAGGAAUCGCAGGGGGCCCUUCGGGGGGCCCCUCCAGGGGCCCCUCAGGAAGCCUUAUAGGGGGCCCCUCAGGGGGCCCCAUAGGAGGAUUCGCAGGGGGCCCCUCAAGGGGCCCCUCAGGAAGCAUCUCAGGGGUUAGCAUGUCAGGGGGCCCCUCUGGGGGCCCCUCUGGGGGCCCCUCUUCAGGGGGCCCCCCCUUACCUGUAGAUGUUGCUUCUGAUUUGCAGGUUGAAGUGCUGCAUACGCCGCUGCAUGCGGUGAAGAUGAAUGAAAAUUGUUUUUUAUUGACAGGGUGCUCUAAAGUCCCCAUAAUAACCCCGGACUCGGUGCAGCGUCUGCUGUCGCGAGCAGCAACAGAAGAGAGGCUGCUCCAGCGCCAGUCUGCAGCAGCAGCAGCAGCAGCAGGUGAUGAGAUGGAUGUACAGCUCGAUGACAUAUCGCUGGCUAAUCUCCCCUUAGAGCACAGGGAGAUGUACAGUACUUUAGCAAGUCGCCUUGCUGAGUGUUGUUAUUGGUGGGGUUGCUCUCCCUCUGCUGUUUAUUGCUGCGGUGCUGCGGCGCGGCUGCUGGGCCGCGCAGUGACAGAGAGAAUUCCUACAAAUCGAAGGAAGCCUCCUGCUGCUGCUGCAGCAGCAGGAGAUGGGCAAGGCGAACAGCAAGAAGGCCAGGUUGCGCUGCUCAUUGUAGACAGGCUGCUCGAUCUUCAGUCUCCUUUAGCUCCCGGCUGUCUCCUGGGCCCUUUGGCGCCUUCAGACGGAGGAGAGGCAAUGCUGAAGCAGAUGCAGCAGCUGCAGCAGCAGCAGCAACAGCAGCAGCAGCAGCAGCAGCAGCAGCAGCAGAAUGGAGCCUGUGACUCUGCUGAGCGAAGCCCUGAAUUGACAGGCAUUCUGUCGGAGUUUCCGCUGCUGCGGCGUCUGCUGAAAUGCGGGGAAGUACAGACACCCCACAAGGGCCUGCAGCAGCAGCAGCAGCAGCAGCAGCAGCAAGAGGCGGAGGAGCAAGCGCUGCAGCAGCAGCAGAUUGAAGCGCGAGCUGCAGAAUACAUUGAAAGCGGACGGCUGCUGCAGCAUGCAGGCGGUGGCAUAGACAGAUUGGUGGCUGCAGCAGCAGCUGUCGACGGAUCUGCGGCCUCUCAGCAGCAGUUUUUAGAAUCGCUGUGUGCUGCCUUUGGGUUUCCGCUACUGCAGCAGCAGCUGCAGCAGCAGCAGCAGGAGCAGCAGAAGGAGCAGCAGGGGAGCGAUGACAACCCGCAGCAAUUCAAAGCCAAAGUGCUGCUGCUGCUGCUGCUGCUGCUGCAGCAGAUACGGAAAGAAGACAGCAAAUGGGGCAGCAGCGUUGCUGCUUUGCAGACUCGGUUGACUCUGUUUAGUUUGCUGGAGUGUAUAGAGGAGCUGCUGCUGCCGCCUCUUCUUGCGGCUGACCCCAUAUCUUCGGGGCCCGAUGCUCCAUUCGCGCCUUCCUGCUGCACCAAACACGACAGCAGCAGCAGCAGCAACAGCAGCAGCAGCAGACGCUGCAGCUGCUGGGAGUGUCUCCUUGAAGAAACCAUUGCAGCACAUCGUACAAACAACAACAGCAGCAGCAACAGCAGCAGCAGCAGCAGCAGCAGCAACAUAUCUCAGGCCAUUGCCCGACGUCUUUGGUGCAUUCAGCAGGCGCGAGCGAAUCUCCAAGUUGAUCAAAGUUUACCUGUCUUUCCUGCUCUGCUGCCUAUACACCUCAAUCAAUCUGCUGACAUCAUAGGGGCCCCCCAGGGGGCCCCUUAUUUUCUGAAGAUUUGCAAGUCGAUUAAUAGCUGCGAAGAUUUAAAGACAUUUGCUGCAGCACCGCUAGCUGAGGGGCCCUCUAUUGAGGGGCUAAUAAAGACAGGUAUCAGCACGGUAAAUUAUCUGUGGGGCGCUGCUAAGGGUCGAGCUGCUGCUGCAGCAGCUGCUGCUGCUGGAGCUGCAAAGGAGACACCGCAGCAGCAGCAACGGAAGCUGUCUCUUGUUGUAUUUAUAUUAGGAGGUCUGUCUCCUAUAGAGGCAAAGGCAAUUGACAGGGGGGCCCCUGAUGGGGGGCCCCCCGUUGAAGGUUUGUACAUUAGCAGCAGCUGUCUGGCUACUCCUUCUAGGCUUGCUGCUCAGCUCUUUGGAGAUCUCUUUGAAGAGCUAGAGGCUAGCUAG